AUGAAAAGUGAUAUGUUUGGAAAAUAUACUGAAAUGCCACAAGUUUUAUCAACAAUGGAGUUUGAUAUGUUGGCCCGCCUGAGGCCGCGCCGCUACUUCGUGGCGGUGCUGUGCCUGGCAGUGCUUCUGUUGGUAGUCCUGAACGUAGUUCAUAGGGAUUUAUGGAAUUCAAAGCCGGCAGUGUUUGUCAAAGAUGCAACAGCAGUCCAGCAACAAGCACUGAGUCAGCAGCCGAAAGGAAAGGUAAAGCCGCAGCAGACUGACCAAGAAAAUGAAAAUGCGGAUGAAAACUAUAGUAUCCCAAAAUCAUUUGGAUUAGGAAACGAACAGAAAAAUGAGCUCGAAGAACAAUUAAAUCAAAAUGAAUUUUCACAGCCAGUUAGUUUGACCGAGGAACCAAUAGGAGAAAUUAAAAGACCAUGGUACAUGAGUGGUGGCAGCGUAAGGCCUGUAUCACGAAGGAUUUCCAGGAAAAAACGCAGACUGACUAGAUUAUUUCCAUCACAAGAUUCUUCCGAUCGCAUAACUAACCAGUUAAUGCACGUUCCUGAUACUUAUGAUCCUGAUGGUGAAGAUUUGAAGACUAUUUUACUUUAUAAUGGGGCUGGAGCUUGGAAUGUUCAACUUGGACGGGAGCAGUUUCUUCAAGCUCGUUGUCCAGUUGAUAGAUGCCGGUUGAGUGUUAAUAGGGAUAAGGCGCAACAAGCCGAUGCCAUUCUGUACAAGGAUCAUUUUACACAUCCAGGAUUUCGGAGAUCUCCGGAACAGGUUUGGAUAAUGUAUUUUCUGGAGUGUCCUUAUCACACACAACAUAUCAAUUUUCCGGACGUUUUUAAUUGGACAGCAACCUAUCGUUAUGAUAGUGACAUCGUGGCCCCUUAUGAACAUUGGGAAUAUUAUGACCCUAGGGUCAAACAGGUUAAACAUAUGGAACGAAACUAUGCAGCUAAUAAAACUAAGGCUGUAGCUUGGUUUGUUUCCAAUUGCGGAGCAAGAAAUGGCAGAUUGCAAUAUGCACAUGAACUGCAAAAGUAUAUACAGGUGGACAUCUAUGGAGCCUGUGGUACUAUGAAAUGUUCCAGAGCAAAUGCCGAAAGAUGCUUCGAGUUACUCGAUAGGGAUUACAAAUUUUAUUUAGCUUUUGAAAAUUCGAAUUGUAAAGAUUAUAUUACUGAAAAGUUUUUCGUGAAUGGACUGGGCCGUGAUAUUUUACCGAUUGUGAUGGGGGCUCGUCCGGAAGAUUAUGAAAGGGCUGCACCUAUGCACUCUUAUAUUCAUGUCGAUGAUUUCGAAGGACCCCGUCAGUUAGCGGAGUACCUUCACCGACUCGAUAGAGAUGAUGCUAUGUAUAAUGAAUAUUUCAGGUGGAAAGGUACCGGUGAAUUAAUAAAUACGUAUUUCUGGUGUCGAAUGUGCGCAAUGUUGCACGCCGAACCACGCCAAUACAAAAGUUAUAGUGAUAUCAACGACUGGUGGCGAGGAAGAGGAAUUUGCACUCUGAACUCUUGGAGAAACAGGGAUCAUCAUGCACUUUCUAAUAAGGCUCGUUCAAAAUCACUUCAGAAUUAA